UAAAAUUUCUAGGAACUGUUUAAUUCGUUGAAUUAACAGACUUACGAGAGUAAUUCUUUUCUGUGAUUAGUAAGAAAUUACUACUAACUUUCUUUUUUACUUUUCUUUACAAAAAACUGCUCUCUCAUUUUGACAAAAAAUAAAACAAGUUGCAACAAUAUUCGAAUUGUUUGAAAAGCUGUCAAGGAGACAAGGAUGUCGGAGGAAACAGCUCCGUUGAUAGAAAAAUUUGAUGUUUUAAAACCAAACUUGAAUAAAGUUGUUGUCGUUGUGGGAUCAACAGGAACUGGGAAAUCUACUAUUAUCAAUAUGUUAUAUAAUGACUCUGUCUUGAAAGAAAACUUAAAUCAACCAUGUGAAAUAGGAGCAACAUCGAAUUCGGUCACUAAAAAAAUGUUGUGGUUAUUUAACGCUCGAGAUCUUACAAUAUACGCGGAUACAGUUGGGCUCAGCGAUCCUCAUCAGUCAGACCUUCAAAUUGCAACAGAUCUAAAGAAAUUUUUAGAAACAUCAAAAGGUGGCGUCCACUGCAUUAUUAUUGUUUUAAAAUACGGUCGCAUAACUCGUGAAGAACGAAUAAAUUUGGAAAUAAUUGAAAAACUGUUUGACAAAAGUUGGAUAAACAAUUGCAUUGUUGUUGCAACAUUCUUUGAUGGAGAAGUUAACUCUGACACUCAGAUGAUUGAUGACGAUGCUCAAGAAAAAGCAAUUAUUGGAUGGACUCAUGAUGACGUAGAAACAUCAUCAUUAUUUAACAAAGUCAAAGGAAAAGUAAUUUUAACCGAUAAUUCAUUGGGAAGGCACGAGCAAGCUAACAGAAAGCUAAGACAACAGUGUUUAGACAAACUCAAGUUGUUUAUUGAGAGUUGCACAGAUCUAGUUGCUCCAGCACCAAUAACUUGGCUAGACAUUGUUCAUCGUUUACUUGAGAAAUGGUUUUCAUUUUACCGAGUAAAAGCUGCAAAUGAUCGAAUGAAAAAAAUUAUAGAUCAUCUUGCAAAAGAAUAUGAAAAAGACCAGCUACAAACAAACGAUUGCCCUGUGUGUUUGGAAAAUGUGCUUUAUAAAGACAUGGCUCAAACUAGAUGUAACCACAUUUUUCAUUAUAAAUGUAUUUUAUUAGCAAUUAACGAGCGUGGUGGACCAUGUCCUAUUUGUCGCAGCCCUGUUUUUCAAGUCUACUCAACUGCUGGUCUAAUGUCAUAAUAAAACGCAGACAUGAAUAACGCAUAAACGUAUAAUUGUAUUUACAAAUAUAUAUAAUAAGUGGCAAAUAAAUAUUUUUAAUCUA